UGCAGCUUUUUUUAAAACCAGCGGCACCCAACAUGAAAUCACUCCAUGCAAUAUAUGUCUCAUUAGCCUCUCUAUAUAAUCAACCCUCGUUCUUCCUUUCAAAAGCAUCUUCUUUCGACCUAAUUCACUAACUCACUCUAGUUAUCUAAACCAAUUACUCUUUCGCCUGCUGUCAUUAUAUACAUAUACAUAUAUAUAUAUAUAUAUAUAUAUAGAGAGAGAGAGAGAGAGAGAGAGACUGUAUAGCAGGACGAUGAUGCGAGAAGAAUCGUUGAAGAUGAAGAUCAAAGCCCUUAUUGUGGAUGACAACAUGGUCAACCGAGCCAUUCACCAGAAGCUUCUUGACAAUCUGGGUAUCGAAACUGAGAUGGUGGCUAAUGGAAAGCAAGCUGUUGAUCUGUAUUCUGCUGGGAAAAUCUUUGAUCUGAUUCUCAUGGACAUGGAAAUGCCUGUCAUGAAUGGUCUUGAGGCAACAAAGAAGCUUCGUGAAAUGGGGAUUCGAAGCAGGAUUGCUGGAGUAUCAACUUCGUCCUCGGAGAGGGAGAGACAGGAGUUCAUUGAAGCUGGCCUUGAUUACUACGAAGAGAAGCCUUUAACCAAGGCUAAACUCGUCUCCAUCCUCAACAACUUUGAGUUGAAUUAAUUUACGAUAUUUAACCCAGAUGUAGGAUUUAGUAAUUUCAGUUAAAUUCUUUAUGUUUAAGAAAUUAAUUUUCAUUGUAUUAAGACAAUAUGCUUGGAUCGUUUAAUUUUAAUUUCAAGUUCUUAAUAACAUCUAUUUUUAGCAUUAAUUAA